AUGCAGAACCCUGUUGCAGGAGUAAAAGUAGAAAGAUGGUGCUUGAGAGGGCGGGAAGGGGGGUGGGGUUAUGAAGCGGAUUUAUGCAGAGCUGGCAGCUGCACGUGCGAUCAUUUUGGUUACAUAAGGGUGCCACUGUUUUUGCCUAGAACGGGGAAGAGUUCUGUGUUUAAGAGUGAGCGGCUCCAUACGAAGUGUGUUGAGGAAGGAUUGUCUGGUUUGUCGAAAAUGAUACGCUCUGGGCUAAUGAUUCAAAAUUUGGGCGAAAGUGUUGAAGUACCGCAUCUUGCAAAUUUCCUAUGCCCAAAAAUUUGGGUUAGUUACGACAAAAGCAACGAAUUACAGAGUAGGAAGUUGGGUUAUAAAGCUAAAGCAGUGGCCAAAGAAUCGAAAAAAACUUACUUUCAAUCGCGGGAUAAUGCAGUGCAUUUGACAGCUCAGGCAGCAGUGAACAUGAAAAAGACAUUUCGAGGAAUCUUCUUUGCAAAGAAGAAUGUCGCUAUUAAGCAAAAGAUUUGGCGUGAGCACUUGACGUCAGUGGGAUUGGCUAUCAAUGCUGGUCAGAUCAAAAUUUAA